UCUUGGGUAUAUAGAAAUUUUUUGUAUUUAAUUACACUACUUAUUUGUUUUUUGCAGAAAAAAAAUCAUAGGUAUUGAGAAUAAUUUUGAAGGUUAUUUAAUCAUCAAGUUCAUGGGAUCCUUCAUCAGAAUUGACUCACUUUGGAUUGAUUUUACCGAAUACUUUGAUAAGGAUGGCAACCCAAGGGAACCAUCUUCUACAAAUGUUGAUGAAAGUAAACCUGAUGAUGACAAUCACAAAAAAGAUGUUGUCAAUACUGAAACUCAGCAAGAUUCAAUCAAAGAAAUUAUUCCUGCAAUAAGAGAUAUCAAUCUUAAUGAUGUUAUUGAAUUGAGCAGUGACAGUGAUCAUAUGCAAAUUAGUGAUGAUAAUGAAAAUAAUUAUGAAUUUGUCAGAAGAACAGGGGAAAAUAAUGCUAAUCAUCGAGCAUCAAGCGUUCCAUCACCAUUGGAUUGUCAAGGCCACAUACCAGAAGGGCACACAAAUAAAAAAGGUUGUGAAGGAAAUGAAGUUUCCAACAUAAAGCUCGAUGGAAUAUCAAAAGAAUUCCCAACAACUGAAAUUGAAGAAGAUGAUGAAGAUGAAAAACCUAAAAAGUACCGUUCACUAGCUGAAAUAAUAAAGCAAUUGGAUCCUUUUGAUGCAUCAUGUACUUCCAAUACAAGGAUUGUUCGAAAAUGUAGGACUCCAAAAGGAAAAAAGUCUCGAGGUAAAAAAACAAAGUCAAAUAAGGGGGUACCAAAAGCAAAUAUUAAUAAGGGCCCAAAGAAUAAUAAACCUCAAAUUGAAAGAACUAGUGAUGUGAUUAUUACAAGGAAUACUCCUAUUGCUCGUGGCAUUGUUAUUUCGGAACCAACGGAAAAUGAAAUGGGGGGUGUGAAUAAGAAUGUUUCAAACAAUAAUGAAUGUGACAUUCUUCAUAAAGGAAAAGAGAAGAUGAUUGAAACUAAUGAGGAUUCAGAUUCUUCAUCCUCUUGGGUAAAUGAAGAGAUAUUUGUGUUUAAAGCCCAACGUUUUAGAAAUCCACCACAUUUUGGGGAAGGCACUUCAAAGCUUUUUGAAGAGAAUACUUCAAGAUCCCAACUCAAUAUUGGGGAAGGCAUGGAACAAAAUUCAUUGCAAGAUGUCCACACCCCUCCAAUCCAAGGAAAUAAUGUCCCCACAAAAGAGAAAGAGGGUGAGGGUUUAACAGGUGAUGUAUAUGACAUGAUCAUGCAUGAGGUUGCGGAUAUCCUUAAAAACAAGCUACCUAAUGUGGGAAUUAAUCAAAAUGGUUUGUUGGGAAACACACCACAAAAUGUAACAUUUCGUGCAACUGGUGGAGAAGAUGUGAAGGUCAAAAAUUGGAAUGCAAGAAAAAGUAGAUCCAAAAAGAAGAGAAAUCCCAAAGGAGGUAAAAAUGAAAAGAAGUGAAAUUCAUCCUUUUUCAUAGUUUUAUGUGAAAACAAGUUUUAUUGUUGAAGAUAUUUGGUUUGGAAAAUUGUAAUUUUAUUUGGAGUUUAAAAAUUAUUGUUGUGAGUGGCUUACAUUAAUUGUGAAAUUAGGACACCUUUUUAUUGGAGUUGUAUGCAUUGAAUUGGAUAGUUUUUGGGAUAAUUUUUUUUAAAGCUUUUGUCUUUUUAAUUUGUUUA